AUGCCCAAACUGUGGAGAGACAGCCUUAAGAAACCUAAGCAUAAUGAUACUGACCGCAAGAUUGGGAGGAGCGGCUCUCGCAGUUCUGCGAAUCGAACAGGUGAACCAAUACCCGCGAGAGAUUUUCCCCUUCAUUCGGCCUGCAUGCAUGCAUGCAUCGCGCUCUGGACUAAUUCGGAUUUGCCCUUGUUCUUUCUUGUGUAACGAAUAGUUACCAUACAGGCCAAACCAGUACAUACACAGCCAAGUCCUUGAGUUACUUCGGGUGUGUACAUCGUUUGAUUGAUAGAUCAGGAUGUUGGCAGUACGAGCCCGUGUGAAGGAUGCGUAGGGCUGAGAGUACUGUUCACUGAUCACUAAGUAGUUAGGUAACGGUAACUAGUCACCGACAGGGAUGAGGGUGAAAGAAAUUCCCCUAUCCUCAACCUCUUUAUGGCACAAGGCAUGUGUAGCUUCCCAUCUCUCGGUGUUCCUGUGUGCUCUUUACGGGAGAAUUGAGAAGCGAAAAAUACGCAUACAUGCACUGACCUUGUGAAUAUGGCCUGUUGUUAGUGACGUUCUAUGUAUUUGCUGAGCUGGCUUGCACGGACGACGGGAAGCGGGACAGGGAAAAAUCAAGUGAUUCAGCCCUAUCUCCCUCCUCCCGUGUAUUGCCAAGCUACUUCAAGGCACAUUCUUGCGUGGCAUCCAGGUUAGCUGUCACUCUCCUGCACUGUCGGCAAAGUAAUGGCCUCCUGCCUGAGGAUCUCUGGCUAAAGUCUAGCGAUUGAUAACCCCCCCAGCGAAACUGCCUAAGAGGACGCAACCAGUUUGUUAAGUCUUUGGACGAUUAGUUAUUGUGGAUGCCAAACCAUCUAAACCGCUCGACUGUCAUUGAUCAAAGCAUGCAUGGCUUUGUUCGGCCCCAGCGGGUUACAUGGCACUUUUGGUUGACUAGCAUCACAAUUUAACGAGUUAUCCUAGCGACUCAAUAACUAACUCCUCGGUGAUUCCGAGGGCAAAGGCGAGAGCAACUCGUCAACUCGUUAAGCGCCCAGAGAACACUAUCCUUUGCUGUUCAGGUUGACGCUUUUUGACUUCCCCAGGCCGGGCCGCGGAUGAUGGACACGGGGAAAGAUGGGGUUCAUAUGAAAGCCUGGUGGACGGACGAUUUGCUACUCGGUGCUUCUGGUGGGUUUUGUAUGGACGUCUCCAGUCGAUCUCCAGAGCGCAUCCGUCGUCUCGGACGGAGAUACGGCACACAAGCGCUCUUUCACCAUGAAAGCGCGAUUUGUCCAAAAAAAGCUUGAGCCAGAAAAGUGGAAACUGAUAUCGAAAACGAAAUCGGACUCGCAGAAUUCACUGACUGCUCUCUAGUUAUAACAUUAUUCCUUUUUUCGCCAGCUCCAUCUGAUUAAUGGUUUUCUAGCCUGCCCUAUAAUAAACAGCGGUCCUUGCGGUUAUAUACGUGGUGGUCAGGGAUUAUAAGGCCCGUUUCAGACGAUUUGCGAAAGUGAUGGCUUCUCAUUCUGCAUGGAUUGUGCGGGAUCACCGGUCUCUCGGUAAGAAAAGUGAUCACUCUGUUAUUAUUAUUAAGCCCGCAUAAUGCCCUUCUCAGUGAGUAAGGUAGCCCUUUCUCACCAUCCCUUCCCCUGGCUGGAUGAGAAGGACGAUCGUCUCCGCCCCUCCGCCGUUUCCUCCAAGCCAGGCCCAAGGUUUGGGACAAGGGUGGUUGAUACGAGAGCAAUCGUCAAUUUUCCCCAACUUUUUUUUCAUGUGAGGUACUCGGUAGUUACAGAGUAAACUACCGCAUGUUAUCGGACAGGAAAAAUGGGUUUCAUUAAUAGCAGAAUGUGUGAUACUCCAUAUGGCAUACGUGGACAUAUCUCUCUCCCCUCCGUGGUUUUUUAUGGGUUGCCGAUCGACGAGCGAAAACAGAUGAGCCAACACCAUUUAUUAUUCAAUAGUGUCUUGAGAUCCCUGAGCUGUGUCCAGGAUUAUUACGACCAACUUGGUGAUGUCCGGGAAAAAGGGGGAGAUAACAAUUCAGGUGAGGCUCAAAUUAUUAUUUUCACCGCAACAUGUGCCUUUUCUGGACGAAAAGGACGCUUGUACAUCAAUACCGUGUACGUAUUUAAAAUUGUCCAUACAGAACGCACCGCCACAAAGCGACCAACGAGCUGCAAGAGAGCUUUGUAUGAAGCUCUGACAAUACGGAAGAACUGGAUUUGCAUAACUCGGUAUGCGUAUGGCGACCGUGCUCACCGUAUAUAGCAUCGUCUACCUGUACCACGGAAAUUGGUCUGCCUUACCCUCCUUGCUCGUAUUAUGUUGGGCGGGCAUAACGGCACAACUUGAUGAUGUUAAAACUUCUCUCUCAACGUUUCCAUACAGGGGAGACGGCUGACAAUGCCAUGUGGGCCAAGUUCGAGAAAAAGGCGCAGGAGGCGCAAUAUCGAGCUAAAAUGUAACUGGUGAUUGCACACAAGAAGCGAGUUUACCACCAAGGCUUGAAUUCGACUCUAGUGGAUACCAACUUAAGCAUAUACUUAAGGGCAGGCUAGCUAUAGGGCGGGAAAUGGGCCAUCUCAUCUGAUGUUUUGUCAAGUGGGAACUCUGGCAAGUUCGACAUCUGGUUGCCGAAAGUCCUGGGCUUGAAUCGCCGAUUUUAGCAUGGCUAGUUAACAGAGGCCUCAAUCUCCUGAGCCGCAAGCCACAGGACCAAACAACCUGGACAAAAAGGAGCCGAUAACAGUUUCAUCCAUAGUACAGGACACAGUUGAGAUGCUGUGUCUUGAGUUGUAUUCAAUAUGUUACUAUGAUGGAACACCAAGUAGUCCACCCUCGUUGCCCGCGUUCCUCCGCUUGUCUAGGAGCAAUCAAAAUGGCAGUGUAAAUUUCCCUGCAUGAGCCGCUCUUAUCCAAAUAACCGAUGCUACCUCGCGGAAGCUUGCAGUUUCGCCGCCAACCACCCUCCAGAUGUUCACUGAUUGUCACUUACCCGACUUAUCUUGCAUCGUC